CGAACUCGCCCAAAAUGGCCGCAUCCAUGUGGGGAAGGAUACUCGUCAAUGCUACGAAAUCAGUCAAUCCUGUGUGUCGUGUAAAAAACUGCCAUAGCUUUUUAAAGACAGGUUGGAAAUCAUUCGACCGUACUUUACCUUUUAAUAAUCAUGUAUAUGGUUGCUCUAUUUAUUUCUCAAGUGUACAACGGUGCAGUGUUAGCGACAAGACCGUCAAAAAAAUGAUGGACAUCCUUACUGACAAAUUUGCUGAGGCCCGGGAACUGAUGCAAGACGCGCGGGAAAGCCAGGGAACUGUCUACUUUUCGGAUGACAUGUCUGAGGCACAGGAAGCUGUACAAGACACACUUGAAGAAUACAGAUCACUUCUGAGUAAACUGGAUGAAACACAGAAACAGAAUGUGGUUAGGACUAUUGGACUCCGAAUGGAAGAGCUCAAAGCUCAACAGGCUGCAUUGGAGGAAAGUCUGAAGGAUUAAAUAUGUGGGACUAGUACUGUGUACAGGCAAACAUGGCUUCUUUUGGUAGUUUCUCAGAGUGCUGUUUAACUGUGACAGCUAUGUACUACAGAAAAAAACCUGACGAGAACAUACAUGUACCAGCACAGGCUGCUUUAUAGGAUUUUGGGACAUUCACUUUUGUUUAACAUUACCAUUUUGAUAUCAAACAAAGACAUUGCUUAUUGUGAUGUUAUUUACAUUUUAUUUACAUAUGUUUUUGCUGUGUACUGAGAAUGUGUUAAAGAUUUCUACAGUUA